AUGGCGAACCUACCCAUCACUGACAGCGACAUCGAGGACGAGCUCGAUCUCUCCGACGAUGAUUCUGUCAAUGAGGCGGAUGCAACGGUUAUUCCGAAUGCACAAAACUCAGAUACUCGCCCGAAUAUCAAGAAAGAAAAGGCAGAAUCAAAGCCAAAAGUGCAGAAACCAAAAUCUGCAGCGAAAUCAGCUCCACCAAUGACGACGCCGAUGCGAACAUCAUCAACAUUGAAAGUCAAGCCGCCAAAAUAUGAUGGAACUAUCCCUAUAUAG